UCCUGUGUGGGCGGUCCUAGAUAAGAAGAAAUGACUGUAAAUCGUCGUCCACUUUUUUGAAGGAYAAAAUAUUUCGCCCUAGACUGAGGAUCUAUUGUAACGUGUUCGGGCUAGCUGCCCCUAGUAAAAUAAUUUACAUCCUGCUUUUCCUCGACUUUUUUGUAUUUUGAACGGGGCAAGCAUAAUUUUAAACGGAUAAGGCACAUCGCUGACACUUUGCGGUAUUUCCUUCCGUGAAUAACAGUUUUUUUCUCUCGAAAAAGCGCACGGGAUACUUUUWUUCUCAGUAAAUGCUGCUCUGAAAUUAUAAACAAAGACAAAAACACGAGUCAAGAUGGAUCUGAAGCUACUUUCUAUAGCAACAUUAUUAGGAAUCCUAUGUUUCUGCAGUGCACAGCAAGAGGGCAGUGAUUGCAUCAAGGCGAAUGCACAAUCAUGUGGGGAAUGCAUCCAGGUCGCAGAGAAAUGUGGAUGGUGUACAGAUGCUGACUUCCUGAAGCAGGGGGAGUCUAAGUCAGCCCGCUGUGAUGAGCUGAAGUCCCUGAUCACGAAGGGCUGCAGUAAGGCCAAGAUCGAGAACCCCCGGGGCAGUAUCUCCAUCGACAAGGACAAGCCCGUCACCAACCGCAAGAAGGACGUGGCUGAGAAGCUGAAGCCUGACCAGAUCACUCAGAUCCAGCCCCAGAAACUCAGCCUCAACCUCCGAUCCGGUGAGGCCCAGACGUUUAAGCUGAAGUUCAAGCGGGCAGAGGACUACCCCAUCGACCUCUACUACUUAAUGGACCUCUCCUUCUCCAUGAAAGACGAUUUGGAGAACGUCAAGAACCUCGGGACUGACCUGAUGCGUGAGAUGCAGGAGAUCACGUCAGACUUCAGGAUAGGUUUCGGCUCAUUUGUGGAGAAGACUGUGAUGCCCUACAUCAGCACCACCCCAGCCAGGCUGUUGAACCCCUGCACGGGCAAUGAGAACUGUACCAGCCCCUUCAGCUAUAAGAACGUGCUCAAGUUGACCGAGAAUGGGCAGCAGUUCAACAGCCUGGUCAGCAAGCAGCAGAUCUCUGGAAACCUGGACUCCCCUGAGGGAGGCUUCGAUGCCAUCAUGCAGGUGGCCGUCUGUGGGGAUGCCAUUGGCUGGAGGAACGUCACUCGCCUGCUGGUGUUCUCCACUGACGCUGGGUUCCACUUUGCUGGAGACGGCAAACUGGGCGGCAUCGUUCUGCCCAACGAUGGGAAGUGUCAUCUGGAAAACAACAUGUACACCAUGAGCCAUUACUACGACUAUCCCUCCAUUGCCCAUUUGGUCCAGAAACUGAGCGACAACAACAUUCAGACCAUUUUUGCAGUUACUGAGGAAUUCCAGCCUGUUUACAAGGAACUGAAGAACCUCAUCCCCAAGUCUGCAGUAGGAACCCUGUCCUCCAACUCCAGCAACGUCAUCAAGCUCAUUAUCGAUUCUUACAAUUCUCUUUCAUCUGAAGUCAUUCUGGAGAACAACAAGGUGCCUGAAGGUGUGUCCAUAAAAUACAAGUCCAUCUGCAAGAAUGGCGUGGUUGGUACGGGAGAGAACGGAAGAAAAUGCUCUAACAUCUCCAUUGGAGACGAGGUGUCCUUUGACAUUACCAUCGAGUCCCAGAAGUGUCCAUCUCAAGGCAAGUCAGAGACCAUUAGGAUCAAGCCGCUGGGUUUCAAUGAGGAUGUGGAGAUCGUCCUCAACUUCAUCUGCGAAUGUGAAUGUUCCAAAGGCGGAGAACCUCUCAGCAAGAUCUGCCACAAUGGCAACGGGACCUUUGAGUGUGGAGCCUGCAGGUGCAACGAAGGACGUAUCGGCAGACUGUGUGAGUGCAGCACAGACGAGGUGAGGACAGACGACCUGGACGGUAACUGUCGGAAGGACAACGGUACAGACAUCUGCAGCAACAACGGAGACUGUGUGUGUGGAACUUGUGAGUGUAAGAAGAGGGAGAACCCCGAGGAACGGUACAGCGGGAAAUUCUGCGAGUGUGACAACUUCAACUGUGACCGCUCAAACAACAAACUAUGUGGAGGACAUGGGCGUUGUGAGUGCAGGGUGUGUAUCUGCGAUGCCAACUACACGGGCAGCGCCUGCGACUGUUCCCUGGACACCUCCACCUGCCUGGCAGCCAAUAAGCAGAUAUGUAAUGGCCGGGGCACCUGCGAGUGUGGCGUCUGCAAAUGCACCAACCCCAAGUUCCAGGGCCCCACCUGUGAGAUCUGCCCCACCUGCCCCGGAGUCUGCGCUGAGCACAAGGAGUGUGUUCAGUGCCGGGCCUUUGAGACUGGAGAGAAGAAGGACACGUGUCAGAGGGACUGCAGCUAUUUCAACCUGAUCAGAGUGAAGGAUCGGGACAAGCUGCCCCAGCCAGCCGACCAGUCCUACCCCCUAUCCCACUGUAAGGAGAGGGACGCCAACGACUGCUGGUUCUACUACACCUACGCCGUUAGGAACGACACAAUGAGGGAGGUCUACGUGGUCGAGACUCUGGAGUGCCCAGCGGGCCCUGACAUCAUCCCCAUCGUGGCUGGCGUGGUGGCGGGCAUUGUUCUCAUCGGCCUGGCCCUACUGCUCAUCUGGAAGCUGCUCAUGAUCAUCCACGACCGCAGAGAGUUCGCCAAGUUCGAGAAGGAGAAGAUGAACGCCAAAUGGGACACGCAAGAGAAUCCUAUAUACAAGAGCCCUAUAAAUAAGUUCCAGAAUCCAAGCUAUGGGCGUAAAGGCGUGGUCUUAUAAGUCUACGGUGAGAAUCCCAUCUACAAGAGUGCUGUAACAACUGUUGUCAAUCCAAAAUACGAGGGCAAAUGAUGGAGCAUCCUCUCUGUCAUUACAACACUGUAUGCAAAAUAAUAUUUGGGGGGGGUUUAUGUUCACGGUUUGUUUUUGUAGUCACCAAAUAAUAGCAGUGCAUUUUGCCACUAUUUCAGUAUGUUUUACUAACUUUUUUUCUAUGCAUCGUUUGAAUUGAAAAAUUGUACAGUAUGUAUAAACUUGGGUUUUUACUUUUUUGUGGAACUUGGCGGAAUGUUUUUAAACUGAUUUUAUUUUUGCCACAGGACUGGCAAGGUCAUUGAAGGUGUGGUUGUGCCUUUCAUAGAACCGUGGAGCCAUUCUUUCUGUUUUUGAGGGUGAAAUUGGAUGUCGAUAUGGGACAAGAUACGUAGCGAUAGCUGGCCAUUAGGACAGCAGUAAAUUGUAAUGUGUACAGUUUGUAGGAAAUUCUGUGUAAAGCCAUAUUUUAGUCACAGAAAAGGGCUCGAAGCAAAGGCUGGAAGCAAAUGUUAAUCAAUUUAUUCUUCAACCUGAACAAUCAAUUUAAAUGUUUAUUUUUUAAAGAUAUUGUCAUGAUAUUUGUAAAUCUUUAUAAAUAAAAUGACAUUAAUGUACAUUGGUAGUAUUAUGGGCUCCAGGUUUAAAUUGUUUAGUUUUAAAGAACUCAGGUCCCUAUUGAACUUAAUUAAUAGCGAUGCCAAAUAUUACAGAACUCACUAGCUUGUUUGCAAGCAAUAUGCCUUAUUUUAAGUGUCUUGCUUCAGUUACAGAAAUUGAGUUCUGAAUGGGGUUCUGAAUGGUUUAUUACUUGACCUGUAUCCUCAGCGUGUUUUUUUCUUUUUUUACUGUCAAAUAAUUAUCUUCUAAUUUAGAUGGUUUAAUCAAACUCUUCCAUUGAAUAAUGGUGACUACAUUUCAGUUAUAAAGAUCAGUGUUAAGGGAGUGACGUCAUUCAGAUCUUUGUAGAAUUUCAAACAUCCCACUUAGUUGUAAGAACACAAUCUCCACACUGUUUUUAAAGUGCCUUUUUAUUUCAUCACAUUCACAUUUUGCUUUACUUUAUUUCUGAAAUUAUUUAUUAAAGUUCCAAAACAAAUUACCCCAAAAUUGUUACAUGCUGCAUGUGUGUGUUAAUUAUUGUCAUUUGUCAUUGCUUUCUUUUUGUUAGAAAGAUGCCAAGGAAUGUUUGGCUCAUUGUGGCCUAGGCCUCUGAUCCAGCUUUCAACUCACUGCUCAUCUUAUGCUACCCACAUGUUUUCUGCAGUUUAACAGAUGCAUUUCACGUCUUGUUUUGGCCAAUUCAUGCAUUUUCCAACUCCGGAUAAAUCUCGGGAUAGUGUCUCCUGAUCUGAACAACAGAAAUACAGCUGCCACAGUUUUCAGAUGCUGCACUGCCUAAUGAGUAAUGAGCAUUCGUAGAUACUUGUCAUAUGGCAUCAGCACUGCCACUGUAGCUAGGAGGGGGAAACAAGGCCCUUCCACAGGACACAGUUGGUGCAUACAGUGGGUUUGAACAUUGGUAUCAGGAGUUGGAAGCUCGGCUCCAAUAUAGGUUGGGAGAAUGCCCAAUGGUUGAAGUUAGUUUUCUGUUGUGUUAAACGGUCUCCCUUGCAAAAGAGGUCUGACGUUAGUGGGUCUUUCUGGCUAAUUUUGUUUGUUUUGUGAAUAGUUCCAUCACAGAAUAAAAUUCUAAUCCUGUAAAUGAUA